GAUUUGUCGCUACGAGGCUUUGUUUACUUCCGCAGGGGAGCUUGAUUUUUCACCACACCGUUAACUUCAUACCCUUAAGAAUGCAGCAGCGAGAGGAGAAGCAGCUGGAGGCGUCUCUGGAGUCUUUGGUCGCUCGUGUGGCUCAUUUGAAAGGUUCCCUGCAGAGUUUCAUUUAUAAACUGGAGAAUGAGUAUGACAGACUGACGUGGCCCUCCGUGCUGGAUAAUUUCGCCCUUAUUUCUGGACAGCUGAACACCAUCAAUAAACUGUUGAGAAAUGAGAAAACCCCAUCAUACAGAUCACAGGUCAUCAUACCACUGCUGCUGUCUCCUGAUCGAGACGAAGAGCUGGCGAAACUAACAGAGCAGCGAGUGCCAGUGUUCAGCCAUGAGAUCGUGCCUGAUCAUCUCAGGACCAAACCCGACCCGGAGGUGGAGGAGCAGGAGAAACACCUGAGUGCUGAAGCGGCCCGCAUCGGUCCUGAAGUAGCUCAGAAACAGAUCCAGACCUUGAAUAAGCUUUGCUCGAAUCUUUUGGAGAAGCUGAAUAAUCCACGAGAGGACAGAGACUCUGAAACCUCAGCUUUAAGACAAAACAAGCCGUCGUUUAAUCCAGCCGAUACAAACGCUCUGGUGGCAGCGGUGGGAUUUGGGAAGGGUCUGUCGAAAUGCAGACCGCCUGGACCUGUCGCUUCAGGUCACCCUGGGCAGCCCAUGAUGCCAGCGGGUCCGACUUUACAGCAGGUCACAAUCGCUGGAGCUUCAGGUCAUCAGGCUGGCAUGAGCGGACCGGUCGCCCCGCAGCAGCCUGGACAACCUGGUAAAAUCCCCAGCAACAUCAAGACUAACAUCAAGUCUGCGUCCAUGCAUCCUUACAACAGAUGAGUUUCAUGCGGAAACACUGCUUUUUGUCAUACAAUGUUUGGAAAUUAAGGCCAUUUUUGUUUUGGAAUUUUUCAAUAAACAUGUUUAUUGGA